AUGAAUCACAAGAAUCAAUCAUCCAGUCAGACACAAAAAGCUUCUCGCAACCUCUUUCUUAAGGGCUGUAUUCUCCUCAUUAAUGCGCUAGUUGUCUCUAAAAUUUGGUACACAACAUAUAUUCAACCACCUUCUUGUAAACAGAUUUCAGAUAUAAAUAAACUCAUUAUGAACAGCUAG